AUGCAGCAGCAGGCGGGGCAGCAGCUGCCGGCCCCACCGCCGCACGCUGCGCCCAGCCAGCAGCCAGCAGGCCAGCUUUGCCAACCCGGCACGUGGGAGGAGCGGCUGCGAGCUCGGCUGGCAGGACACAGCAGCGCUGCUGUGGAGGGACCGUUUGGCGCACCGGCAGGGAACGGUGUGGGGCCGAUGAAUGCUGCACCGGGCUCAGCAGCAGACUUUGCGGUGGCAGCCACCCUGGAGCAGCCAUCACCACAGCAGCAGCCACAGCAGCUGGAUGAUACACUGUCCCUGCUGCUGGGCUCCUUCCCUCCACCGGCAGCAGCCGCCGGCGGCAGAACCGACAGCGAUGUGCAGAUGCUGCUGAACUCCGCAGGCUCGGCAGGCGACAGCCUGCUGGGGUCGCUGCUGAGGGCGGCGGGCGGCCAGCCGGGCAUCGAUGACCUGGCAGCCAUGCUGGCAUCACUGUGA